GCCGUGCGAGCCGCCGCCAGGGCAAAGCUCUAGGCACACGCCGGGGUGGCAGCGCCAGGAGCAGCAGCGAUUCAGCCAAGAAGCAAGAGUUUGCAAAGGCUGCUGUGCCUGGCCGAAGAGGCUUUGCACCCGGAGGAUGGCUGGCUGCGGGCUGUCAGAAGAUGCCUUCUUCUCUUCUUUCUUCUACAACUAUACCUCCUCCUGGGAAAACUCCUACAACCAGGCAUGCUAGCCAGUUCCAGGGGAAGAGAGCUGUUGCCACCUUGCUGGGUGAGUGUGCUGCUCUGGUUGGUGAAGACCAGCCUCUUUGCCCAGAUCUCCCAGAACUUGACCUCUCUGAACUAGAUGUGAAUGACUUGGAUGCAGACGGUUUUCUGGGUGGACUCAAGUGGUACAGCGACCAAUCAGAAAUCAUUACCAAUCAGUACAGCAAUGAAUCAUCAAAUAUAUUCGAGAAGAUAGAUGAAGAGAAUGAAGCAAACUUGCUAGCAGUUCUCACUGAGACACUGGACAGUAUCCCUGUGGAUGAGGAUGGAUUGCCUUCAUUUGAUGCACUGACAGAUGGAGAUGUGACCAAUGAAAAUGAUGCUAGCCCUUCACCAAUGCCCGACGGCACCCCUCCGACUCAGGAGGCAGAAGAGCCGUCUCUACUUAAGAAGCUCUUGCUGGCUCCAGCCAACAUUCAGCUAAAUUACAAUGAAUGCAGUGGUCUCAGCACACAAAACCAUGCAAACACUAAUCACAGGAUCAGAACAAGCCCUGUGGUUGUUAAGACCGAGAAUUCAUGGAGCAAUAAACCGAAGAGCAUUUGUCAACAGCAAAAGCCACAAAGACGUCCCUGCUCUGAGCUUCUCAAGUAUCUGACUACAAAUGAUGACCCUCCUCAGACCAAACCAACAGAGACCAGGAACAGCAGCAAAGACAAAUGCAUCUCCAAAAAGAAGCCCCAUCUGCAGUCUCAGGCACAUCAUUUGCAAGCCAAACCAACAAGUUUAUCACUUCCUUUGACACCUGAGUCACCAAAUGAUCCCAAGGGUUCCCCAUUUGAGAACAAGACUAUUGAACAAACCUUAAGUGUGGAACUCUCUGGAACUGCAGGCCUAACUCCACCUACAACCCCUCCUCACAAAGCCAAUCAAGAUAAUCCUUUCAGGACUUCACCCAAGCUGAAGUCAUCAUGCAAGACUAUUGUACCACCCUCAAAAAAGCCCCGCUACAGUGAGUCUUCCAGUUCUCAAGGACAUAACACAAUCAAGAAGAGUCCAGAACAGUCUGAGCUGUAUGCACAGCUUAGCAAGACAACUAUACUGUCCAGUGGACAUGAGGAGAGAAAGACAAAACGGCCUAGUUUGCGGCUGUUUGGUGACCAUGACUACUGUCAAUCUGUGAAUUCAAAAACCGAAAUACACAUUAAAAUAUCCCAGGAACUUCAGGACUCCAGACAACAAGAAUUUAAAGAUUCUGCACCUGGGUGGCAGUGUCAGAUUUGUUCUUCUUUAGAACAAGACCAGUAUUACAAGAGAGAGACUUUACAGGCAAGUAAGCAGGGUUCCCACUCUAGCAGCCGAAAACAGCUCCAAGACCAGGAUAUCCGGGCCGAACUGAAUAAGCACUUUGGUCACCCCAGCCAAGCUGUUUUUGAUGAAGAGGCAGAUAAGGCCAGUGAACUGAGGGACAGUGAUUAUAGUAAUGAACAAUUCUCCAAACUACCUAUGUUUAUAACUUCAGGACUAGCUAUGGAUGGCCUCUUUGAUGACAGUGAAGAUGAAAGUGAUAAACUAUGCUACCCUUGGGAUGGGACUGAAGCCUAUUCAUUAUUUGAUGUAUCACCUUCUUGCUCUUCUUUUAACUCUCCAUGCAGAGAUUCAGUGUCUCCACCCAAAUCCUUAUUUUCUCAAAGAUCCCAAAGGAUACGCUCUAGAUCAAUGUCCUUUCCUCAGCACAGGUCUUGUUCCCGUUCUCCAUAUUCCCGAUCGAGAUCAAGGUCGCCAUGUAACAGAUCCUCUUCCAGAUCUUGUUACUAUUAUGAGUCCAGCCAUUGUAGACAUCGAGCAUACAGAAGUUCUCCUUUAUAUGCAAGAUCACGAUCCAGAUCACCGUAUAGUUGUAGACCCAGAUAUGACAGCUAUGAGGAAUAUCAGCAUGAAAGACUGAAAAGGGAAGAAUACCGCAAAGAGUAUGAAAAACGGGAAUCUGAAAGGGCCAAACAAAGGGAGAGGCAGAGACAAAAAGCAAUUGAAGAACGUCGUGUGAUGUAUGUGGGUAAAAUCAGAGCUGAUACCACCCGAACAGAACUGAGGGACCGGUUUGAAGUUUUUGGUGAAAUUGAGGAGUGUACAGUACAUCUGCGGGAUGAUGGAGACAGCUAUGGUUUCAUCACCUACCGCUAUACUUGUGAUGCGUUUGCUGCUCUCGAAAAUGGAUACACUUUACGCAGGUCAAAUGAACCUGACUUUGAGUUGUACUUUUGUGGACGCAAGCAAUUUUGCAAGUCUAACUAUGCAGACCUAGACUCAAACUCAGAUGAUUUUGAUCCUGCUUCCACUAAGAGCAAAUAUGACUCCAUGGAUUUUGAUAGUUUACUUAAAGAGGCACAGCGAAGCCUGCGUAGGUAACAUGCAUCACAGCUGAGGAAAAUGGAGGGAUGGCGAAUACCUCACGGACAUCAUGUCCUUCAAUAAUGGACAAUUUAGAAGUCAUACUUAGGAAUUUCUCCUACUUUACACUCUCUGUACAAAAACAUGGUUUACAUGAACACAGCUGCUCGAAGAGUGAAGAGGCAAAGUGGAUAUCCAGGAAGCAAAUGUAUAUCCAUGGGUGUCAGCUUUACUUUCCUGGGGUGAUUGGCGGUGGGGGGUUCUGAUGUUCAUAGAGAGUGCAAGUGCAAACCCCUUGAAAUGGCAGCAGUUCCACAGAGUUACACUUAAAAUGUAGAACUUCAAAAUGUGUACGUAUCACAUUUUAACAAAACAAAAAUCAAAUUGAGAACUACAGCUGCUGAUGUCUGGGAAUCAGACACUGCAUUUCUUUAAAAAGGCGCUUCUUCCCACAACACAAUGAUAAUAUGACAAUCCAGAAGAAACCACAGGUCCUAGAAGCUGACUGUCCUUUUAUUUUGUUUUUCUGAUGGAGGAGAAAAUGAAAGGCUAAACCUUGCCUAACAUUUUGAAGUUUCAUCUUUUAAUUCUGACACCCAUGUAAAUGUCCAAACCGUUGAUCUUCCACAAUGAAAUUUUCAAAGCCUUGUUAAUGGUCAAAUGUGCAGCUUGUUCAGCAAUUUUAUUCUGAUGAUCGGACAUGGUGUUGUAUUACUAACGAGAGUUGGGUAUAACGAUCUGGGGGAGCGAUGUGUACAGAUAGCUUAUUUGCUACAUUCUCUAAUGUAGUUGAGUAUUUACAGAUGUGAAAUGGGAGUAUUUUUAUUUUGUGUACAUACUGUAUGACUAUGUUCUUUUUUUGGUUACAGCUAUGCACUGUAAAUGCAGCCUUCUUUUCAAAAACUGCUAAAUUUUUCUUAAUCAAGAAUAUUCAAAUGUAAUUAUAUGAGGUGAAACAAUUAUUGUACACUAACAUAUUUAGAAAGCUGAACUUAUGCUUAUAUAUAUUUGAUUGUAACAAAAAAAGAGAAAAGUGUGCGUGCGUGUGUGUGUGUGUGUGUGUGUGUGUUGAGUGCAAAAAUAUCAAUGCUUUACACACAUUCAUCCCUUCUUUGGUGACCUUAUCUAAGAAUUUUGUCAAGAACUAUCCAAGCCCAAAAGGUAUUAACCACUUCUGCAAUAUUUUCCACGUUUUUCUCAUUAUUUGUUUUUCUUUUGCAGUUUUAUACACUGAAUUUGUUAGGGGAAUGAAAUUUUCUCAUCUAAAAUUUUCUAGGAGAUGUCAUAAUUUUAUGUAAAAUCUCUUAAAUGGGUAAUCAUUAAGAAAUGUUUUUAUUUUAUGUCUCAACUGUAGUUUUGGAACUAGAAGUCAAAAAUCUUUUUAAAUUGCUGUUUUGUUUUAAUUUUUGUGCUUUUAAUUUGAUAAAAAAAUGCUGAGGUACUAAGCACGGUAUGAUUUUUACAAUAAUUACGUGUGUCUAAGCACUGUUCUUGAAGCCAGUAAUCUUUUGAUUGGCAGAACUUGAUGGUAUUUAUCUAUAUUUUUUACAGUUAUGCAUCCUGUAUAAAUACUGAUCCUUCAUUCCUUUGUUUACUAAAGAGACAUAUUUAUCAGUUGCAAUUAACAUAUUUAUUAUAAAUUAUGAGACGACUAAAAUAAUAAAAAGGCCAGUGGAAAUUUUGUACCUAGGAUGCAUGACACUUGUCAGGUUGGAGUAAGUGCUUCAUUUGGAAAAUUCAGCUUUUGCAGGAGCAGUGUUUUUUUACUAUGCACUAGCAUGGCCUCAGAUGUGCCCAUGACAUUGUUGAUGAAAUUGCUUCUGCUAAAUUAAAUAGAAACUUCAGGGAAAAAAACUACCAUUCUGAAUAUCAGGAUUUCAUCUGAACUUGGAGCUUCUAGACUGAAUCAGUAAAGUUUGGAGUCCGCUUGUAAGUUUAUAGAUUGGUAUUCUAUUACUGUUUGGCAUUCAUGACUUCUUUUAAAGAUAUGGCACACCUACCUAUUUAAUCUUCCUUCUCACCCCGACUCUUAGAAAACCGAUUUCACCCCCAAGCCAAUGCAGCUGAUUUUGAUAGCUGCAUUCAUUUUAUCACCAGCAUAUUGUGUUCUGAGAGAUUCCACUGUCUGUCUUGUUGGAUGCUUGCUUGAUUUUUUGGCUUCUUAUUUCUAAGUAGAUAGAUAGCAAUAAAAAAUGAGAACUUUUUCACAGGUUCAUUGUUACAAUUGUAACAUCCUUUAAUCUGCAUAAUUCUUGUCGUUGCUCUGUAGGUUAAAAUGCAGGUAUUUUAACUUUGAUUGUGUGAAUGCCAAACUAAAGUUUACAGUUUUCCUUUCUGGAUUUUGAGUAUCUUCUGUUGUAAAGAAAAGACUAUUAAAAGCAAUAAAUUAUUUUUUAGAAAUCAAUAUUUAGUAUAUCAUAUUAUGUGUUCAAGGACCAGAUACAUUACCUAUUUUGCCUUUACAUUUCUGUGAUUAAAUUUUAAAUAUAUUCUCUUUUGCCCUGGAUUGCUGAGAUGAACAAAUUGUGUGCUUUCUCCCCCCUCUCCCCCCCCACAACAGAUAUUAUGCCACAGUUCCUUUUUUUUUUUCACUGGCCUGACAAAUAUUCUUCUCUUGAAGAUGGCUUUCCGCCGUGGAUUUACAGAUUGCAUAUGAAAUUAACGUAGAAGUAGGAUCUCUGAAUAAUCUGAAUAAAGCUAUUUGUAUCUUUUGUAGACACUGUGGUUAGCCCAUCAAAAUGUAAAGUUAGGGAUUUUUUUUAAGAGAACAUUUCAAAUUAGCACAUGUAUCACAUCAUCACUAGAGGCAAACUGCAGUAGAGAUCUGUAUGUCUUUUAGAUGAAGAUUGUACCGUUGCUUCCAUGCUGUGGUAAGUACCACAUCUGCAAUACUGGUAACAGAACUGGUACUUAGGAACUAUGGUCUUUUCUAGAGAUGUAACAAAGUAAUUCCUACAUAACACAAAUUGAUCUGAAUCCAAACAGAAGGAGACUAAAAUUGGGGAGGGGGGGUGAAUUCUCAAUCUGUGUUAAACAGCUCUGAACAACAGUUGGGUUGCCAUUGCCGAUAACAGCAUGGAGAGAAAAGUUUGUGCUACUAGGGUAUAAUAGUUGGGUCAGCUGAAAAAAGAAAGCCUUCUUUUCAUCUCUUUAGAUGUAAGCUUACAGUAGGUAAUGAUUAUGUGUCCUUUUUGAUGGCUGUAAUGAGAACUUCAAUCACUUUAGUAUAAGAUCUGAUCUAUAAAUGACCUAGAAUAGCCACGUAAUAUAAUGUGAUGAUUCUAAAUUUGUACCUAUAUGACAGACAUUUUCAAUAAUGUGAACCACUGAUCUGAUGGAGCUACUGUAAAAUGUGUACAGUAGGUGAAAGUGUAAAGCUAUUGGUUGGACUAUGCUGAAUAGGGAAAAUGAACUAUUAGUUUAGCCCUAGUUGGGCUAUUUUCCACCUGCCAAUUCUACAUGUACUGUUGUGGUUUAAUUCAUUGUAUGAAAAUUCCUGUGAUUUUUUUUAAUGUGCUGUACACAUCAGCCUCACUGAGCAAAUAAAGGGAAACGAAUGUUUCAAAUCCA